AUGGAAUAUGAUCGUGUUUCAACAGCAUUUUCAAUUGGAAAUAAAGUUGUUAGACUUAUAACAGACAAUGCCUCAAAUAACUUAUCUGCUUUUGGUGAAUUAGUCAUGCCAGGGUUUGAGUCAUAUUUCAUAACUGAAGAUGAUACAGAAGGAAGUGAUGAUAAUGAUGAUCAAAAUGAAAUAAAUUUGAAUGUGUCUGAAGGACAUCCUCCUGAUGAUGAUGAAGAACAAAGAAAACCUGAAUUAGUACUGUCAAUGAAAGAUUUAGCUGUAUUACGUGAAUUUAUAUCAAUUUUCACGUUACUCGUCGAAACUACAAAUCGAACACAAGCUGAACAAUGUGUAUCUAUAUCACUUGUGGCACCAAGUGUACUUGGAAUUUAUUAUGAUUUAGAAAAUGAAUUAAAAUUAUGCAAAUACAUAAGUUCAUUAUGUAAUGCACUUAUUAUUUCAUUAAAAGAAAGAUUUGGUGGACUUCUUCUUAAUCUUGGAAUACCUGUCGAUGAUCACAUAAAACGUCGAAAAAUAAAAAGUUCGUAUAUUUAUUGUUUUAGAAAUCGUUUGUGUGAUAAGAUAAAACGUAUUGUUGCACAAGCAGCUUUUCAAGUUUAUGAUUCUGUUAGCAAUGUUCAAACUGCUGAUGGUGCACAACCAGAAACAACAUCAACAGCUAUUGAUAACAGUCAAUCUGGUGGAAAAAACUCGUAUGACAACAGUCUUACACCAAAAAGAAAAAGUCUUUUCGCUUAUUAUGAAACAUCACCAAUGCCUCCAAAAAAAAUGCGUAUUAAUAUUAUGGAUGAAAUAAAUGAAGAAAUAAUGUUAUUUUUGAAAGAUCAACGUUAUGAAACUGAUCUUAUUUUUAUGAAAAAAGAAUCAUUUUCCAUAUUUACAUCGUUUAGCAUUGAAAGUGUU